AUGCGUCCGUUGACAGAGGAGGAGACAACGCAAGUCUUCGAAAAGCUGGCAAAGUACAUCGGCCCUAACCUGAAAAAGCUCAUCGACACGCCGGACGGCAGCUACUGCUUCCGUCUUCAAAAGGACCGCGUGUACUAUGUCUCGGAGCGCACGAUGCGCCUCGCCACGCACGUGGCUCGCGAUAGCCUAGCAUCGCUUGGCGUAUGCUUUGGCAAGUUCACGCAUCACAAAAACUUUCACCUGCACAUCAGCUGCCUGGAAUACCUCGGCAAAUACGCCACGCACAAGGUGUGGAUCAAGCCGUCCUCCGAAAUGUCCUUCCUGUACGGCAACCACGUGCUGAAGACUGGCUUGGGAAGGAUCACAGAAAACACCGAACACGGUGCGGGUGUCGUCGUGUACAACAUGGGCGACAUGGCUCUGGGGUUCGGGCUUACGGCAAGAAGCACGGUCGAGUGUCGCAAGGCAGCGCCCACCGACAUCGUCGUGCUGCAUCAGGCGGAUUUGGGUAUGUACUUGAGAUCGGAAGACAGUUCACCCGCCUCAGCGCUUUAG